UGACGUUUGUCACCAGCGUUAUUAUCGAAAUCUCGUCUGCUUGACCCCUACAUACACCUAAAAAAUCGUUUGCGUAAUAAUUUACAUCCAAAGUGUCUCAAAUUGAUAGAAAAUAAAUAUAAUAAAAUAAAAAAUGUAUCUAGUGUCGAAUUUGGUCAAAGUUACUAUUCCUAACUACUUAGCAGGACUGCCGAUUCCAGAUUCUGUUGGUGGAUGGUUUCGUCUUGGAGUGAAAGAUUGGGCAGCCCUAAUCCCUCCAACGCUUGUAAUCGGAGGUAUCUCUUACUACUCGUACCAGACCAUCAAGAAAGCGCAGGCCGGCGGCAACGGGCAUGUGAACCACUGCGUGAGGAAGGACAUUGACAAGGUGGUGGACUUCAUUGAUAUUGAGGAUAUCACGGAGAAGGCUGUGCUGUGCCGAUGCUGGAAGACUAAGAAUUGGCCGUACUGCGACGGUACGCACGCCUCCCACAACAAGGAAACUGGUGACAACGUGGGCCCCGCCAUCGUCAGACACAAGGCCACCAAGUAAACGCCACGCGGACAUAUAUCUGGGAUCAGUGCCAUCGAAACUGCCGGUUAGGCAUCCUAUCCUCUUACGGCCCAAGGUCCUACCUAUAGUACUUCUUCAGUUCAAUGAAAUUUCAAUCAUAUUCAAUUGGAACAGAGUUGCUUUUGCAUUGUUUCCUUUAAUUUUCAAACAACGCAUAAUCAACUCUGUUUCUUACACUGUAGGUUCAAAUUUUGGAUUUUUAUGGCUGGGCCUUAGUGCUUGUGCACAAAUCACGCAAGGUUCGAUGGGGGGAGUGGGGGUCAUGAAAAAAUCACGAUAGAUCACGUUGGGGCAGGGGGGGUAUAAGGAAACCUCACGUGUAUUUUGUAUUUUUCUACAGUGAACGAAACUAAGAAAAAAAAAACCUACCACAUGAGUAGAUACUUUUUCUCGGUUUCGUUAAACGUGAAUCUAUUUAACGAAAAUAGAAAAAUAAACAAGAUUUUCUAUAUACAAUACUAUUUAUCUUAAAAUUUGGUAGAAUGAAAAAAAAAUCAGAAAAAUACACGUGAGGUUGUGUGGGCGGAGGGGAGUAGCGCAAAAUCUCACCAAAUAUCACUAAGGGGGAGGGGGGGUCAAAAAAUAGCCGAAAACACCUCGCGUGAUUUGUGCACAACCCCUUAGGAGGCUAUAGACGUGUAGUCAUUUGCACAAACGCCACAGACGGUCGUUACUUUUGCACGGAUGCAAUUUAUAAUUUUAAAUUAUUACCCUAAACCUUACCCCAAUUAGGUCCUCUUUUACUAAUUAGGUCCAGUGAGUAUCAAUAGUAGCGAAUAAAAUUACGUGGCAAUAGUUAGGUACCUUUCCCUAUUAGCUAAACGGAAGUAAUACUCUGUUAGAGGGUUGCAGAUACUUUUGGCACACUAGUGGCAUAGUGUGAACUAAUCAAGCUGUGGGCGAAACCACAUCUGCGAGGCCCAAGGUGCUAAAAAGCCCUAAGGUUACAAAAAGUUUGGCUUUGCGAGGCCCAUCUAAGUGCGAGGCCGGAGGCGAAGGCCUUAUUCGGCCACGCCUAGCUACGCCAAUGGCACAUUGUUCUAUACUUUACUAUUGGUACUGACUGUUCAUUUUCAAAAGUUUUUACACGCAUUAUCUAUUAAGUGCAGCGAAAUCUUUUACCGUGUAAUAAUCUUAGCCCUGAUAAAGUAUAUUGGUAAAUAUUGAUUAGAUACUCUCAUACUCUGUUAUAUUAUCUUAAUACGCGUUUAAGAUUAUGAUAUUACGCGAAUUCGUGGAAAAAGAUAUACGUACAGAUUUUAGAAAAAUAUACGAAAAGCUAAAAGCAAAGUCACGAUGUAACAAACAAGUACAUAAAAGCACAUAAUCCAGAUAUAUGUCCAUGUUAUUUUAUAAAAAAUGACUAUUUUAGUAAGUAUAAUUGGUACAUACAUGAGCAUCUAAUGGUAGCUUGGAAAUUGUACAAACAUGUAGGUAUUAUUGUCCGUAUAUAUAUAUAUAUCGCUUAGAUGCCUUAGAUGAUAAGUAGAAAGUGUAUUUUUCAGAGCUUAAAUAUUACGACAAUAACUUCUCGCUCCUCGUAAAAAGUUUACCAUAAUAUGAAAGUUUGUUUCUAUGUCGAUUCCUAGUAUUUUAUUAUUUUGUAAAGCGAGGAAUUUCGGAAUAUUAUAGUUUGUAUCGACGCUUUGAUCUGUUUAUAUCAAUAAUUAAAACGAAAGCUUAUUGCGACAUUUUUUCUUGCAUUUUAAGAUAUUUUUUAACUUUUUUUACUUUUGUUUUUGAAACUGUUCACUUUGAAAUAAAGUACGGAUUGUUAUUGCUCUUAA